CAGAGCUGAGCUGCAGGGGCAGUAGAGGCAGAGAGAAGAGAGAGCUCUAACUCCCGAUCAGUGAGACUCAGGCAGACAGACAGACAGACAGACAGACAGACAGACAGACAGACAGGCACACAGACAGACAGGCACACAGACUGACUGACACACCGCCGGACCAUCAUGGACUGGAUCAGAACACAUAAACCCGUCUCCGGAUGAGGCAGGACGGCCUGGCUUCUGUUUUUUGGGGGGACUCUGCUAUAGAUACGUGGAAUAACCGACAACCUAUUGGGAGAUUUAACCCCGUGCUAACCGUGAUGGAAUAUUUACACUGUUCUCAUUUUCCAAUUUUUCUCCUGUUCUCUUCCUCCUACUUCUCUUCCUCUAACACCUCCACCUCCUCUUCUUCAUCCUCUCACAUUUUGACACGCUGCUGAAGAUGCGCACGAAUGCGUCUUUUGCGCACUUCUAUUCCGACCAUCACUGACAGCGCCCGUGCUUUAUAACCUUUUUGAAACCCUGUUGUUGUUAGACACCCGGGAAAAGAGAGAAAGAAGUGGAGUGAGCGAGAGAGCGAACGAGGUGUGAAUUGAAUUGAACGUGGUGCUGGUCUCAUGUUUCACGCCUAGGGCCCGGAUGUACCGAGAGAUGCACCGGUGCGUUUUCCCAACCGGUUCCGCCGAAAGCUCCCUCAUUUUUCUCGCCUUCUCCUCCAUCAUGGGGAUUAGGUAAUAUUCACUCCAUCCGAAGAAACCCUCCCCAUAAACUAAAAUAACGGAAUACCCAAGACUGUCCGUGUCAGACAGUUAUUUCUUCUCCCCCCCCCCUUUUUAAUUUCUUUAUUUUUGGGGGCUUUUUUCCUCGUUAUUUUCCCUCCGCCUCUCCAGCUUUUUCCUCUCUAUCUUCCAUUCACCUAUAGGGAUAACGUCGGACUACAUUUAUGGUAAAUGAAAGCAAAAACAUGUACAUCCCGGAGGACACCCUUGAGAACCAUCAAGGCUCCGACUACUCUCCUCCACCCCCCCUUCCUCCCCCCGUCCUGAGCAACGAGCACAGUGGAAGUGGUAGCCAUGGUGACCACGGUGGAGGAGGGGGCGGGGUCAACCACGGGUUAGGGGUGGUGGGCCUGGCCCCGGAGCACAUCGCCACACCGGGGGCAGCCCUGAGCUGGCAGGCGGCCAUCGACGCCGCACGGCAGGCGAAGAUGAUGGGCAACGCCGCAUCGGGCGGAGGGGCGGGGCUUGGGUCGGGAGGGGGCGGGCCCAUCUCCACGGCCAGCUCCACGCAAAGGAAGAGACAACACUAUAGCUCUAAGCCCAAGAAACAGACAACGACGACAGCCACAAGGCCGCCUCGGGCCCUACUUUGUCUCACACUCAAGAACCCCAUCCGCAGGGCCUGCAUCAGCAUCGUGGAGUGGAAACCGUUUGAGAUCAUCAUCCUGAUGACCAUUUUUGCCAACUGUGUGGCCUUAGCCGUCUACAUCCCCUUCCCUGAGGAUGACUCCAACGCCACCAACUCCAACCUGGAGCGUGUGGAGUAUCUGUUUCUCAUCAUUUUCACGGUGGAGGCAUUCUUGAAGGUAAUAGCCUACGGCCUGCUCUUCCACCCCAACGCUUACCUGAGGAACGGAUGGAAUCUGCUUGACUUCAUCAUCGUAGUCGUAGGGUUAUUCAGUGCCAUCUUAGAGCAGGCCACCAAGGGGGACGGUGCCACUCCUAUUGGAGGGAAGGCAGCGGGCUUCGAUGUCAAGGCUCUAAGGGCGUUUAGAGUACUCAGACCCCUCAGACUGGUCUCUGGAGUACCCAGUUUACAGGUAGUGUUGAACUCCAUAAUCAAAGCCAUGGUUCCUCUGCUCCAUAUCGCCCUGCUUGUCCUCUUCGUCAUCAUCAUCUAUGCCAUCAUCGGCCUGGAGCUCUUCAUGGGCAAGAUGCACAAAACCUGCACUCACCAGAAUACAGGCACCAUUGCGGAGGAAAAGCCGGCACCGUGUGCACCUGAUGGAGCUUACGGUCGACACUGUAAAUACAACGGAACAGAGUGCAGAGUGGGAUGGGAGGGCCCAAACGAUGGCAUCACCAACUUUGACAACUUCGCCUUUGCCAUGUUGACGGUGUUCCAGUGUAUAACCAUGGAGGGCUGGACGGACGUUCUGUACUGGGUGAAUGAUGCAGUAGGGUACAUGUGGCCCUGGAUGUAUUUUGUCACCUUAAUCAUCAUCGGAUCCUUCUUUGUGCUAAACUUGGUUCUGGGGGUAUUGAGCGGAGAGUUUUCCAAAGAGAGAGAGAAGGCCAAGGCACGUGGUGACUUCCAGAAACUCAGAGAAAAACAGCAACUGGAGGAGGACCUCAAGGGCUAUUUAGACUGGAUCACUCAGGCUGAAGACAUUGACCCAGAGAAUGAAGAGGAGGGCAUGGACGAUGACAAACCUAGAAACUUGAGCAUGCCAGCCAGUGAGAACGAAUCAGUCAACACAGAUAACGCCCCAGGGGGAGACGUGGAGGGAGAGACCUGCUGUACCCGCCUAGCAAAUAGGAUCUCCAAAUCCAAGUUCAGUCGAUACUCUCGGAGGUGGAACAGGCUGUGUAGGAGGAAGUGCCGGGCAGGGGUCAAAUCACAGGUUUUUUAUUGGCUGGUCAUCUUCCUGGUAUUCCUCAACACUCUGACCAUUGCCUCUGAACAUCACCAGCAGCCUCAAUGGCUAACCGAUGUACAAGACAUAGCUAACACAGUGUUGUUAGCGCUCUUCACUGGUGAGAUGCUGUUGAAGAUGUACAGUCUGGGUCUGCAGGCAUACUUUGUUUCGCUCUUUAAUCGCUUUGACAGCUUUGUAGUAUGUGGCGGAAUUCUUGAGACCAUUCUGGUGGAAACCAAGAUCAUGUCUCCUCUCGGCAUCUCUGUGUUACGUUGCGUACGCUUGCUUCGAAUCUUCAAAAUUACUAGAUAUUGGAACUCCCUGUCCAACCUGGUGGCCUCCCUGCUAAACUCUGUUCGCUCUAUUGCUUCCCUGCUGCUCCUGCUCUUCCUCUUCAUCAUCAUCUUCUCACUGCUCGGCAUGCAGCUCUUUGGGGGAAAAUUCAACUUCGACGAGACCAGACGCAGUACCUUUGACAACUUUCCACAGUCUCUGCUCACUGUGUUUCAGAUCCUAACAGGAGAGGACUGGAACUCUGUGAUGUAUGAUGGUAUCAUGGCAUACGGUGGACCGUCCUUCCCCGGCAUGCUGGUCUGCAUCUACUUCAUCAUCCUCUUCAUCUGCGGAAACUAUAUCCUACUGAAUGUCUUCUUGGCCAUUGCUGUUGACAAUCUGGCAGACGCUGAGAGCCUGACAUCUGCCCAAAAAGAAGAGGAAGAGGAGAAGGAGAGGAAAAAGCUGGCCAGGUUGGCCAGUCCAGAGAAGCGGCAUGCCAACGAGAAGCCGCCUUUGAAGGAGGAGAAGAAGAAAGAGAAGAUAGAGUUGAAGUCCAUUACUUCUGAUGGAGAGACCAACACUGCUACUAAGAUUACCAUGGAUGACUACUGUGGUGAUGAGAGUGAAGAGAAGAACCCAUAUCCUGCCAAUGAUUACAUAGGAGACGAGGACGACGAAGAGCCAGAGAUGCCAGUAGGCCCAAGGCCGCGGCCACUCUCUGACAUUCAGUUGAAGGAGAAAGCCAUUCCCAUGCCUGAGGCCCGUGCUUUCUUCAUCUUCAGCCACACCAACCAAUUCAGGGUUCUGUGCCAUAAGAUCGUCAACCACAACAUCUUCACCAACCUCAUCCUGUUCUUCAUCCUGCUCAGCAGCAUCAGUCUGGCAGCAGAGGACCCGGUCAAGAACGACUCCUUCAGAAACCAGAUCCUAGGCUAUGCAGACCACGUCUUUACUGGACUCUUCACCAUAGAGAUUAUUCUUAAGAUGACAGCAUAUGGGGCAUUCCUCCAUAAAGGUUCAUUCUGUAGAAACUAUUUCAAUAUUCUGGACCUGGUGGUGGUCAGUGUGUCCCUCAUCUCUUCUGGAAUACAGUCCAGUGCAAUUAAUGUGGUGAAGAUCUUGAGAGUGCUGCGAGUGCUUAGACCACUGAGGGCCAUCAAUAGAGCCAAAGGACUAAAGCAUGUAGUGCAGUGCGUGUUUGUGGCCAUCCGGACCAUUGGCAACAUUGUCAUCGUUACCACGUUACUCCAGUUCAUGUUUGCCUGCAUUGGAGUACAACUCUUUAAGGGCAAGUUCUUCUACUGUAGCGACAGCUCUAAACAAACUCAUGCAGAAUGCAGGGGUUACUACAUUAUGUAUAAGGAUGGUGAUGUGGGAAAGCCUGAAAGAUCCGAGAGAAAAUGGGAGAACAGUGACUUCAACUUUGACAAUGUCCUGCAAGGCAUGAUGGCUCUGUUUGCUGUGUCUACCUUCGAGGGCUGGCCAGGAUUACUGUACCGGGCAAUAGACUCUCACACUGAGGAUGUUGGGCCCAUCUACAACUACCGCGUGGUCAUCUCCAUCUUCUUUAUCAUCUACAUCAUCAUCAUUGCCUUCUUCAUGAUGAACAUCUUCGUCGGUUUUGUUAUCGUCACAUUCCAGGAGCAAGGAGAGCAAGAAUAUAAGAAUUGUGAGCUGGACAAGAACCAGCGUCAAUGUGUGGAGUAUGCUUUGAAGGCACGUCCGCUGCGUCGAUACAUCCCCAAAAACCCUUACCAGUACAAGGUGUGGUAUGUGGUCAACUCCACCUACUUUGAGUACCUGAUGUUCACACUCAUCCUUCUCAACACCAUCUGUCUGGCCAUGCAGCAUCAUGGACAGACGAAAAAUUUCAAUGAUGCCAUGAACAUCCUGAACAUGCUCUUCACUGGACUCUUUACUGUGGAGAUGAUCCUUAAACUGAUCGCCUUCAAACCCAGGGGGUACUUUAGUGAUCCCUGGAAUGUGUUUGAUUUCCUCAUCGUAAUUGGCAGCAUAAUAGACGUCAUUCUCAGUGAGAUCAACCCAGCUGACUCCUCCUCGUCCUCGUCCUCCUCCUCUUCGCCCUCCUCUUCUUCGCGCUCCUCCUCCUCUUCCUCCUCUCACCCCCCUGUGGUAAGGCCAAUGGUACGCUCCAACGGUAACCUCGUACGCCUCCCUACCUCCUACACCAUCCCUCCAUCCCUCCAUCCUUCCAUCCCUCCUUCUGCUACGGCAACCAUGGGACUGCAGAACUCUGAAGAGAACGCCAGGAUCUCCAUCACCUUCUUCCGGCUGUUCCGCGUGAUGAGGCUGGUGAAGCUGCUGUCUCGCGGGGAAGGGAUUCGGACCCUGCUGUGGACCUUCAUCAAAUCCUUCCAAGCUCUGCCCUACGUAGCUUUGCUUAUAGUGAUGCUAUUCUUCAUAUACGCUGUCAUCGGCAUGCAGAUGUUUGGUAAGAUAGCGCUGCGGGACCACACACAGAUCAACAGGAACAACAAUUUUCAGACGUUCCCUCAGGCAGUGCUCCUGCUCUUCAGAUGUGCAACAGGUGAGGCAUGGCAGGAGAUCAUGCUGGCGUGCUCGCCCGAUCGGCCGUGUGAGAAAGGAUCAACCAAUGAGAACAACACAGCUAACGAGGACUGUGGCAGCCAGUUUUCCAUUAGUUACUUUGUCAGCUUCUACAUGCUUUGUGCCUUUCUGAUCAUAAACCUGUUUGUGGCUGUCAUCAUGGACAACUUUGACUACCUGACACGUGAUUGGUCGAUCCUUGGGCCGCAUCAUCUUGACGAAUUCAAGAGGAUCUGGGCUGAAUAUGACCCAGAGGCUAAGGGGAGGAUAAAGCACCUGGAUGUUGUGACACUGCUGCGGAGAAUCCAGCCUCCCCUCGGCUUUGGAAAGCUCUGUCCACACAGGGUGGCCUGCAAGCGUCUGGUGUCAAUGAACAUGCCUUUGAACAGUGAUGGAACAGUGAUGUUCAAUGCCACGCUGUUUGCCCUGGUCAGAACAGCACUCAGGAUCAAGACAGAUGGUAACCUAGAGCAGGCCAAUGAGGAACUGAGGUCAAUAGUGAAGAAGAUCUGGAAGAGAACCAGCAUGAAGCUCUUGGAUCAAGUAGUGCCCCCUGCCGGAGAUGAUGAGGUAACAGUUGGGAAGUUCUACGCUACCUUCCUCAUCCAGGAAUAUUUCCGCAAGUUUAAGAAGAGGAAAGAACAGGGGCUGGUGGCCAAGGUGGCCCCCAAAACUGCCCUUUCUCUGCAGGCGGGCCUGCGGACUUUGCAUGACAUCGGUCCAGAGAUUCGGAGGGCCAUCUCUGGAGACCUGACCGUGGAGGAGGAGCUGGAUAAAGGCCUGAAGGAGCCUGUGUCGGCUGCAUCCGAGGACGAUAUCUUCAGGCGUACCGGUGGGUUGUUCAGCAACCACGUCAACUACUACAACCAGAGCGAUGGCCACAGUUCCUUCCCACAGUCCUUCACUACCCAGCGUCCCUUGCAUAUCAGCCAGAAGGGCUCCCCUUGCGAAGGCGAGAGCCCGUCCCACGAGAAGCUUAUGGACUCGACCCAUUUCACCCCUUCCUCUUACUCCUCAUCAGGCUCCAACGCAAACAUCAACAAUGCCAACAACACUAGCAUGGUCGGGGUGACAACCCAGGGCAUCAGUCGAUUCCCAAGCCCGUCCAUUAGCACUGUGGACGGGCACACAGGACAGCCGCUCACCCCUGUCCUGCUGCCGAGAUCUGCAUGGUGCUUUCCUCCAAAGAGCUCGGACUUAAGUGACAGCUGUCUGCCAAUCAUCCGAAGAGGCGAGGGGUCAGCAGAGGAGACGUAUGAUGAGAGCUACGGCGACGACAGGGAGUACCACGAGGACGACCACUCGCUCUCCUCUGACAUGCUGGUGUAUCAUGAUGAGACAUGUAAGCAGUUGACUCCCAUGGAGGAAGGAGACGAGGUAGAAGACAGAAGAGGAGGAGGAGGGUGGCAGUCUCCCAGGAGAGUCUUCCUCUGCCCCACUUCUCUGGGGCGGAGAUCGUCCUUCCAUCUGGAGUGUCUCAGGAGACAGUCAAAGCCAGACAUCUCCCAGAAGACGAGUGUACCGCUACAUCUUGUACAUCAUCAGGCUCUGGCAGUUGCAGGGUUGAGUCCUCUGCUAAGAAGGAGUCACUCCCCUACCCUCUUCAGCCAACUGUGCUCCACGCCUCCAGCCAGUCCCUUAGCCCAUGGCAGUGAUGCCUCGUGCCAACGAGUGCCGUCUCUGAGGCUAGAGGGCUCCUCCUCCCAUGAAAAGCUCAAUACCAGCUUGCCCUCUGUCAACUGUGGGCCCUGGUACAACGACAGUAAUGGGAACAGCCGGGUGCCCAGUCCUAGCCCCAGUGUGUCAGUGUCCAAUCAAAGACCACGGCCGGUGUCGCUCACAGUGCCCUCGCUACUGGGCAAAGACUCCAGCUCACUGUGUCACGGCAGCGCAAGCAGUCUGGUGGAGGCGGUGUUAAUAUCAGAGGGUUUGGGUCAUUUUGCCCAGGACCCGUCGUUCAUCGAGGUGACCAAAGCCGAGUUGGCCGAUGCAUGUGACAUGACCAUUGAAGAGAUGGAGCACGCCGCAAAAAACAUUCUCAACGGCAACACCGCAACCAACGCCACAUCCUGCACCUCCUCCACCUCCCAGCACAGCCCCAAUGGCAACCUCCUCCCCUUCCACACAGCAGCAGCAAUGCACAGGGACCAAGUGGUCAGCGAGGGCGGGGAAGAAGCCAGAGGAAGCAGAGGCUCUGUCCACGAGCCGUCCUCGGUGGAGGAGCGGCAGGAGCUGCUUGCAGGGGGGAGGGGACGAGAAGAGGAGGAGGAAGAGGUGGUAGGGCGAGAGGAGGGGCAACACCGAAGCUCAGCUGUGAUUGAAGGAGCGCAGCACAGGAACAGCGGGCUGUUGGAUGACGAAGAUAUGGAGUGUGUGACGAGUUUGUAGGAGUUAGAUUGACGGGUUUGAUUGGCCAACUGGCCCCUCUGACAUCAUCAGAGACUGACGCUUGUCAAUGCUGGGUAACAGCGCCGCGGCUCGCUCUGUCUGUCCCCGCCCCACACACACACACACACACACACACACACACACACACACACACAGUGUCUGCCUCUCUGCCAGACGUAAGCGCUCUGGACAAUGGCGGCCAGUGACGCAACCUUAAACACCUGGUUUUGACUUUGUUGGUUAAUAUGACUUUGUAUGUGUGUGAAUGUUUGUAGUCAAGUAUACCACACUAUACUCUAUACUAUCUGAGUGUAUGCUUGUAUGUGACCUAUGAUUUGUAUGUGUGCAUGAGUGCGUGUGUUCUACACGUGUCUGAGUGUGUCUCUAAAGUGCCUCACAGUUUUAUCCUGUCCUCAAAGUUUGAAAUGCAGAAAAGUAGAGAGAAG